AUGGCGGACGCAGACAGGAAGACCAUCUACAUUGACGAGGAAGUGGGACAAGACACAGCAGAAGUAGACGGCUCACAGGCCAAGCCAUACCAGUCACUGUCGUAUGCCUACCUACAACAUGGCGCAGUCGAGUACCAGGUGAAGAAGAAGGAAGGCGACGAGGAGCCCCAGUACAAGCCAGCUGCCAAAGCGGCCCUCAAGAAAGCUGUCAACUAUGCCGACCAGCAGAAGAAGAAGGCUGCCAAGGAGCAGGAGAUCGCCAUUCGCGAGAAGAAAGAGCAAGAAGACCGACAGCGAGUCUUUGAAGAGGCAAAGAAGAUCAAGAUUGAGGAAGACAAGAGUCUGCCCAAGGCAGUCAAGAUCCACCUUGGUGAGAAGCGACCUGAGGUGGUCAAGCUGGGCAGUGGGGAGCGGUCCAAGGGCGCCGACUACAGCAGUCCCAACCGAGGCACACGGGUACGGGUCAUGGGCAGAGUGCAUCGUGAGCGGAAGCAGAAGGAGGUGCUCUUCGUAACACUGCGAGACGGACACGGCUACAUGCAAUGCGUCGUCACCGGACAACUCGCAAAGACCUACGAUGCCCUCACCUUGACCCGCGAGACGAGCAUGAUGAUCACUGGUGAGAUGUGGGAAGUGCCCCCAGGUGCUCGUGCUCCUGACAACCGCGAACUCCAGGCCGACUACUUUGAGAUCAUCGGCAAGGCGCCAGGAGGCGAAGAUGCCAUCACCAACGUGGUCCAAGCCAAGGGUGACGCCCAAACUCUCCUCGACCGCCGCCACCUCGUCCUUCGUGGUGAGACCUCCGCCGCUGUCAUGUUCGUCCGCGACGCUGUUGAGCACGCCUUCAACGUCAAAUACCACGAACUCGGCUACGUCAAAGUCUCACCGCCAGCCCUCGUCCAGACCCAAGUCGAAGGCGGCAGCACCCUCUUCGAAUUCAACUACUACAACGAAAAAGCAUACCUAACCCAAUCCUCUCAACUCUACCUCGAAACCGCCAUCCCCUUCGCCGGCAACGUCUACUGCAUCGAAAAAUCCUUCCGCGCCGAGAAAUCCCUCACCCGCCGACAUCUGUCUGAAUAUACCCAUGUCGAAGCCGAGCUCGACUUCAUCACCUUCGACGACCUCCUCGACCAUCUCGAAGAAAUGAUCUGCGGUGUCCUCGAACUCGUCCUCUCCAACCCCCGCAUCGCAGCCUACCUCCAGGACCUCAACCCAGACUUCCAAAUGCCCGAACGUCCCUUCAAGCGCAUGCGCUACUCCGACGCAGUUCAAUGGCUCAUCGAACACGAAAUCCCCAACGAGGAGGGAGAACCCCACAAAUUCGGCGACGACAUUGCAGAAGCAGCCGAACGCCGCAUGACAGAUAUCAUCAACCGACCCAUCUUCCUCACCCACUUCCCCGCCGAGAUCAAAGCCUUCUACAUGCAAAAGGAUCCCGAAGACAAACGCGUGACAGAAUCCGUUGACUGCCUGAUGCCGGGGGUGGGCGAGAUUGUCGGUGGCAGUAUGAGGAUGUGGGAUUACGAUGAGCUCAUGGCGGCGUACAAGCACGAGGGAAUCUCACCGGAUGCGUACUACUGGUACACGGACCAGAGGAGGUAUGGAACGAGUCCUCAUGGUGGAUAUGGACUUGGUCUUGAGCGAUUCUUGGCGUGGCUGUGUAAGCAACAUACUGUCAGGGAUACGUGCUUGUACCCGCGGUACAUGGGACGUUGCAAGCCGUAG